AUGUGGCCGCAUCUACGCGAUUUAUUGUUAGCAGAUCCCGAUCCCUCUUGUAAUCGCCCGAUUCAUGUUGUACUAAUCGGCGCGGAUUUAUACGGGUCGUUGCUGCUCGACGGCCUCCGUCAAGGCCCGGUCGGCACCCCGACGGGCCAGCUUACUGUUUUCGGGUGGAUCGUCUCCGGUCCUGCCAGCACCGCGUGCCCAGCCGGAGAGUCCGCUCCCGUUUUGAAUUGCGUAUCUUGCGAGGAUUCCUUGAUUCAAAGUUUUUGGGAGGACGAAAGUAUCCCCUCUCAAAAUCCUCUCACCAAAGAGGAAGAACGUUGCAAAAAUCAUUUCGCUAGUACGCAUUCUCGCGAUUCUCAAGAACGUUACAUUGUUCGUUUGCCUUUCAAGAAUGGCCCUCCUCACAUAGGCGACACUUUUCGAAAGGCUUCUUUCUUGUAUUCCAAAAUGGAGCGCCGACUCUCGCAGAAACCCGAGAUUGCCGCUCAGUAUCACGAUUUCCUAAAGGAGUACGAAUCCAUGGGGCACAUGGAAGAGGUACACUACGACGAGCUUUCUCGAUAUCCCUCGGUGUACAUUCCGCAUCAUUUCGUUUUACGCGAAUCGAGUACGACUACUAAGUUACGCGUCGUGUUUAACGCGUCGAGCAAAUCGGACGAUAAAACCACUCUCAAUGAUUUUCUAAUGGCGGGACCGAAGCUCCAACAAGACAUCGCUGCAAUAAUUUUACGCUAA